AACGAGCUAUAGAGCGGCCGAAGCAAACUAUUCUCGUUCACUUUGUUAAGGUCUGUUGCCGGAUAAGCAAGCCUCUGUGAUUUCUCGUUUCAAUUUAUUUGUAAACUCAACACUUCGUCAUGGGCAAGGAAAAGGUUCAUAUUAAUAUUGUCGUCAUUGGACACGUCGAUUCUGGCAAGUCCACCACCACUGGUCAUUUGAUCUACAAAUGCGGUGGUAUUGACAAACGUACCAUUGAAAAAUUCGAGAAGGAAGCCCAAGAAAUGGGUAAAGGUUCUUUCAAAUAUGCCUGGGUUUUGGAUAAAUUGAAGGCCGAACGUGAGCGUGGUAUCACCAUUGAUAUCGCCUUGUGGAAAUUCGAAACAUCGAAAUACUAUGUCACCAUUAUUGACGCCCCUGGCCAUAGAGAUUUCAUCAAGAACAUGAUCACUGGCACAUCUCAGGCCGAUUGCGCUGUAUUGAUUGUUGCUGCUGGUACCGGUGAAUUCGAAGCUGGUAUCUCAAAGAACGGUCAAACUCGUGAACACGCUUUGCUUGCUUUCACUUUGGGUGUAAAACAAUUGAUUGUUGGUGUCAACAAAAUGGAUUCAUCUGAACCACCAUACAGUGAGAAUCGUUUUGAAGAAAUCAAGAAGGAAGUAUCCUCUUACAUUAAGAAGAUUGGUUACAAUCCAGCUGCUGUUGCUUUCGUACCCAUCUCUGGUUGGCACGGUGACAACAUGUUGGAACCAUCCACCAAAAUGCCAUGGUUCAAGGGAUGGAAGGUUGAACGUAAAGAAGGUAAUGCUGAAGGCAAAACCCUCAUCGAUGCUUUGGAUGCCAUCUUACCACCAAGCCGUCCAACUGAAAAACCCCUCCGUCUCCCACUUCAAGAUGUUUACAAAAUUGGCGGUAUUGGUACAGUACCAGUCGGUCGUGUCGAAACUGGUGUUUUGAAACCAGGUUGCGUUGUUGUCUUUGCUCCAGCUAAUAUCACCACUGAAGUUAAAUCCGUUGAAAUGCAUCACGAAGCUCUUACCGAAGCCGUUCCCGGUGAUAACGUUGGUUUCAACGUAAAGAACGUAUCCGUUAAGGAAUUGCGUCGUGGUUAUGUUGCUGGUGAUUCCAAGAACAACCCACCCAAAGGUGCUGCUGAUUUCACCGCUCAAGUUAUUGUAUUGAACCAUCCCGGUCAAAUUGCUAACGGUUAUACUCCAGUUUUGGAUUGUCACACCGCUCACAUUGCUUGUAAAUUCGCUGAAAUCAAGGAGAAAGUUGAUCGUCGUUCUGGUAAGACCACCGAAGAAAAUCCAAAAUCAAUCAAAUCCGGUGAUGCCGCUAUUGUCAACUUGGUACCAUCCAAACCAUUGUGCGUUGAAUCUUUCCAAGAAUUCCCUCCAUUGGGUCGUUUCGCUGUACGUGACAUGAGACAAACUGUUGCUGUCGGUGUCAUCAAGAGUGUCAACUUCAAGGAUGCCUCCGGUGGUAAGGUUACCAAAGCCGCUGAAAAGGCCACUAAGGGCAAAAAGUAGCUGAUUUCCUAUAAUCAACUUUUAAAUCAAAUACAAAAUAUAAAAGAACAGUACAUCAAUUCCAAUCAACAACAACAACAAGAACAACAACAGCAGUUUAAACAACAAGAGCACAAUAUAAGUAGCAGCAGCAGUAAAAGUAAGAUGUUCCAACAAAAAUUAAUAUUAAUGAUUAAAGAAAAAUUUAAUUGCUUUCACCGGAAAGAGUUUCGAAGGAAACGAAUGUAAUUCUCAUUAGCUGUCUGAAGAAAAGCCAAAAGCCGAUUGUUUAAAUUCCUAUCUAUAUAUAGUCGUGAUGCUAAGGCAUGUCUGCGACUUCCAUUGGCCAAUAUGAGAAACGAAGACAGAAACGGAUCAUCUUUUAUAUGUAAUAAGCACAAAAGAGCAUUUUAUAUUUUUUACUUUAAAUUUAAUUAUAAUUUUGUUGGAAUUCAUUCCAUCAUAUUAAUAACUGUAGCGUUACUUUUAUAUUAAUUAUGCAAAUACUACAUAAAACAAUAUAUAAAGAAAAACAACUAUUUAAAAUAAA